AUGUCCGCAUAUACCCACAGCAGUGCCCCCCGGGGUCGCGGAGGGGAAAUGGGUUGGAUUUGUGUUCUGCAGGUUAUUAGCGCCGCUGCACCUGUCUGCCUGUGUCCUCACAUACAGACGUGUGGAGCUAUAACAGAUCGUGUCCUGGGGGGGGCGCAGGUGCACAGGGGUCAGGGGGGGUUCAAUGGGGAUCACAUGCCUGUCCUGGAGUCACCUGCCCGGCCAGUGUGUGGUCUGUGGCCGGCCUGGGGGUCAGCAGCUCCCUGGACGCUCUGCCCAAUGGUCACUGCACCUGCUCAGUGGGAAGACGAUAGACUUUGA